AUGAGCCUCAUGAUACGUGAAGACGUCUCAAUACGUGAAGAAGUCUUGCGUUGUUCCAAGUUAUUCGAUUCGGCAUUGGCUGAGUCAAGUGAGCUAAAGGAUGUGAGCCAACACUUUGCAAAAUGGUAUUCCAACAUUGCGGCACAUCGAGCGGGACCAGCAUCUCUUGACGAGCGUUUGCGCGAUGCUCCAGAUGUUCGACUCGCUAUUUUGCGAUUUCUUAAUAUUUUGAUCAGCAUGUUUGAUGACUUCACGCCGAACUCACCUGUUGAAUCAUCAUACAUAUCCAGAAUUACGAGCCAUAAACUGGAUGGCUCGCCGACAGAGGACAGAACGCUCGACGUUCUGGUAUAUGAAGCAGCGAGUUCAAAGCCUAUCACCCUAAUGCAUAAGGUGGUUGAUUGUCUGAAACGCAUUACUAUUGCCAUUCGAGCACCAGCAUCGGUGGAUAGAUAUAGAAAGGCUCCACUUAUCGACGUUGAGCAUUUUCGCCGAACGGAUCAGAAUCACAUCACAGAAUUAUUUCCUACCGCAAAUCUGAUACUCAAAGACAGGCUACUUGAAGCUGUCCUCAGUCGUAGACGGUUUCUUCAAUAUGCUGAAGAACACAGAAAGAAACUAGGACACAAGUCAUCAUCCCAAAUUAGCCAGGAUGUAGGCGAGGGAAUCGACGCGGAGGGAAAGAGCAACUUCGCAGACACUGUAGCAACGCCAUUCUUCCCAGACAUACCUUUGGACGAUAGCUCGCCAAUCGGACUAUCGUAUAGCGAUGGUGAUGAGGUUGGAACCGUCGUCUCGAAUUCGUCAUCUCUCCGCUCUGAUAUGAUGGCUCGAGUGCCCUCAAUGCCGCUUGAAGGUCAGAGUGGUAAGCCGUUCGAAUGCCCCUGCUGCUUCUUGAUGAUAGAGGCCAAGAAUCGAGAACAAUGGAAGCGACAUGUGAUUACUGACAUGCGCCCCUACGUGUGUACCUUCGCCGAUUGCAAAGUCACCGAUCUGCUGUUUCCUAGUCGUCAUGACUGGUAUAGCCAUGAAAUUGCUUUCCAUCGGAGAAAAUGGUUUUGUAUAUCCGGUUGCUCACUGACGUUUGAUUCCUGGCAAGAAUUUGACAGCCACGUAAAAGGUAUUCACAAAAGCGUUACGGAAGCCGCCGAUGCUGAAACGCAUGGUGCUUACAGUCGACAGCUGCCUGAAUAUGAGAAAACGCAAUGUCCACUCUGCAGUGCCGAAAUACGAUAUCCUGAGCUGGUCAAAAAUCAUAUUGGUCGCCAUCAAGACCAAUUGGGACUGUGGCCUCUCCGAAGCAUGCGGGAAUUCGAAGAUAAUGACAAUCAGCAAGAGUGUGAAGAGGCUGAUAGUGAAGUUGAUGAAAGUGGAGAAGAGGACGAGCCCGAGUCAGAAGUUCGAGAUGUACCCUCAACAGCUGCUCCUGCUUCCCCUCUGGAGGAUGAAUUGGAGAAUCCAUGGGAUCUGUUUACAAAUAAAUGGGAGAAGCACGGAUCUGCUACGCAAUCAGAAGAAGAGCUUCCAGAAGGCCAGAUAAUCGAAGAUGUGCCUUUCGUUAACCCAGCUAUUUCUACGCCUCAGCGAAGAAACAGCCGAACGGAGCAACAACCAAUCCCAGGCAACAUAUAUAAUGGUUCAGAGCCUUCUUUAGAAGAGCAUGGCGUAAAGCAAGAUCCCUCUGCUUCUAGCCCCAGAUCAUCAAUAGAGAGGGAUAUCCGAUCAAGCUCAACAUCCAGCCAAGGAAGUGAGAAGUCUAAGAAGCCUUGGUUUACAGGGAUCAGCGGAAACGUUAGUCUUAUGGCUGAACGGUUUGGUGGUGCUAAGAAGAAACCAACAAGGGACAUAGAUAAAGACCCUAUACCUCCAGACAGAGACCCCAUACCCUCAGACAAAGUAGAUCCUAAAGAUCAAUCUUUUUUAAGGGAAUCCGGCUCUUCGAAAAAGCGGUGA